AUGGAGCUACAGCGACAAAGCAAGCUUAACAGCAUUCCCAGGGUGAUCGAUAAAGCCGAUGAUCGCUUCUCAAGUCAUGCCAGAUUUCCACAAACGCGGCUGGAAAGGUUGACGGCACAGGAAAUAAAUCGACUUAACAGUCUUCCUUCUAAUUUGAGGAGAACUGGAAACGAAACGCAGGAUGAAAGAGAUAUCAAGAAUGUAAGUAUAAAGAGUAAAUAGCAAUCUGGUUCAGGUAUUGAGUUCGAUCGUUCAAGAAGUUGUACAAAAAGAUAACGAAAAUGGAUGGCAUAAAAGUAUUCUGAACAAGUUGCACGCAACCAAAUACUCUUACAUGUAAGUAAUCAAUUAGAAAGUAGCUGAUCUUUUUAGAACCACAACGAAUCGUGUUAUCCCAUCAGAACCAGUAAUGCAAUCGCCUUAUUACUCACAAUCUCCACCGUAGGUCACUCGCUUCAAUAACUGAUGAUAAUUUAGACAAACUGUCCGAAGAUAUUUUACAAUGAGGCAGAUCGAAGAGGAGGUCCAACCUCAUGUAGAACGACUCAAGUUGGAGAUUAACAAGAGGAGGUACAGAUUUGAGAUUGAGUGCGCUAAUCAGCUUGGACUGGCCACACCAUGGAAAAGGACAAGAUACCGCCGGCCGGGUAAGAUGAUUCGCUUUUGCCAUAAGAGAUCGUGCUGAUAUCGUACUUUUCAUUAGACUUGGGGUACUCAAGCUGUAAUACAUCGAAAUGUCAAUUCAAUUUUUUUUCAAAAUUUAAUUGGUUGAGAAUGGCGAAAAAUCUAAAGUUUGGGAAAAUCUUUGGGGUCUCGGCGGAGAAAUUCAAAGAAAGAGGAAGUAAGGUUUGAGUGGCCCACCCUGUAAUUGAUUUCUACAGUAUCUUUUGUUCCUGUUGAAAUAAUGAAGAAGUGUCUUUCCUGUCUUUGUAUAGUUCGCGCUGUUGUGAAAUAUGCGUAAAGUGACUUCGGGGGUGAGAUCCCACAUGCUUUUAUUCAUAUCCAUCUAUUUCGAAACCUCGAAGAGAGACUUUCUGUUUUCUUCGGGCGAAUCCCCGUGUUCUUUGCUGUUUGGAGUGAGGGCGGUGGUCAUUCCGUUCUCUGGUCUGGUCACUCGGUCUCGCUAACCUCCUUUUCGCCAGCCAUUUCGAAAGAGUGCACGUGUCUUUCUGGAAAUAUCGCGCGCUCUCGAAAACAGCCGCGAACGGGGCGGAAUGUCGUAUGCGUUUCGUAUAAAAGGCAUCAGCGCUCCGAGCAAAGGACUAUUCAAAACAAGAGAGAUGGUGGUUCAUUACCCUGUUUCGUCGUUGAUCGGAACAAUUCCGGACGACUGUUUUGUGUUAGACGAAGGCGAGGACAACACGGUCCUCAGUCUUCCCGCAUUCCCUACUGCCGAUGACGACUUCCGUCAUUUUGGCUACCUUCUUGAUGCAAUUCCGACAUCUAAUUGUGAAGAAUUCGCUCCUUCUACACCCUCGAUAACUCGCACCAAUUCGGCUUCGAGCGAAGCGUCUGGUGCCUCGAGUAUGAAUGCUUUAUACCCUCGCACCAAGACGGUGUCUUUGAGUUCUUGUGAUAUCCCGAUGACCAACCUUUGCAUCGAUUCGGGCUGUUCUUCUCCUUGUUCUGGCUAUUCGUCUGAUUGUGGUAGACUCUCGUUGAUGGAAGUCUCCGAUGACGAGGAAGAAGCCUACCAAGACUCCGACUUCAGGAGCAAGGCCAAACCUAAGUUACCGGUCGAUAAUGACGAACCCAUCGCCAAACGAACUAGACUCCACGAGAGGCAAAGUGAGCUCCCUUUUUCUCAUUUUUCGAGACAUAUUAGGACAAUUGAUGUUUGUUGGUGAUAUGAUAUGAUUGAUAGAAGCAUGGUUUCUUUUGGUAUGUUUGAGCUAUUGCCAAACUAUCGCGCCAUUAACUAACUAAAAUUGUAUUUUUUCAGUGCUCAUGGAAGAAGAAUAUCAGCGAGAGAAAGUCAUGGUGAAUCCAUUGGAAAUUUCCCUUCAUCCAGAUGGUCCUCCCAUGUCUAAUGUUAAAUCAGAAAUGAUUGACGAGAAGGCUGAAUACGACGGAGAAGAAGUUCGGCAAUCAAUGUCUCCCGGAAGGUCCAUGUUUGAUCAGUCAUCUUUAUCAUUGUUCGACGUUUCUAAGGGCGACGAAGGUGAGAAGAAGGAGUUGACCAAGAAGUUGGUCAAGGUCGAACACAAAAAUCCUCGAGGUCGACCACGGAAGAAGGAGAAUGUAAGUACAUAUCAGAAAUAAGCUUACUUUUUUAUUAUUAUUGUAUAACAUCAUUUUUUUAGUCGACGGAAACCGCCGAGGUCAAGAAACCCAAGAAAAUCAAGAAGGAGCUGAUCAACUUGACUUCUGGUGAAAGGAAGCGAAAACUUUUAUGCUCAAAGUGUGUAAAGGUCUGUGAUGAACGCAGAUAUUAUGCACAAUGCCCAGCUUGUGAUCAGAGAGUACAUGGAAAAUGCAUUGGGCUGACUGAGAAGAGGGUCAGGAAGAUGGGAGGAUGGAUGUGCGAGGAAUGCGAUGCUCCUCCAAAGGAAGUUGUCUAUUGUCUUUGCAAAAAACCCUACGAUGAGAGUCUAUUCUACGUUGGCUGUGAUGGUUGUGAAGAUUGGUUCCAUCCAGAAUGUGUUGGUACCACACAAAAGUAAGAAUUUAGUUAUUCUUGUUUCUGGUUAUGGCUAGACUUGGCGCUAGGCCGCGGUUUUCGUCUCGACCCGUUUUCAAUUUUUUUUCGGUCCGACCUUGUGGAAGGUAGGCUCGCUAGUAAUUGGUAGAAACUCACAAAAAUCUUCUAUAAUUUUUAAGACUAAAAAAGAAGCUGCUAAAUUAUCACAGAUUUAAUUUGAUCGUCAUUGGGUACAUUUACAAAAAUUUUUCCCUGUUAUUCCUUUUUGGCACUAAAAAUUUUUCAUUCUGUUAGUACGUUGGGUACGAAGGUCCGCUUGUCAAAAAGUCCCGCUAAGCGAUGUCUACUUAAGGCAAUGUGAUAUUUUGUUAUGCAAUUUUCAGAGAAGUAGAGAGCACCAACGCUGGUUACUUGUGUCCAACUUGUUCCGCCGACAACCAAGUCGUUCAAACUGUCAGAAAUCAAAAAGCCGCUGCUUCUGAAGCCAGCAUGGAACAGAGAAUGGCGUCGAGGAAGGAAUUCCCAUUACUCUGGCGCCUCCUCGAUGUCCUGGUUGAUAAUCAACACAGUUGGCCAUUCCGGAAUGCCGUCGAUCGAGAGAAACUUCCUCGCUAUUAUGAGAUCAUUCAGAAACCCAUGGAUUUGGAUACAAUGAGAAGAAAACUGGAGAGCAAUGAAUAUCAGAAUCUGAAGAGCUUUGUGGCCGAUGCUUGUCUCAUUUUUGAUAACACCAGGCAAUUUUAUGUGAAGCAGAAUGAGAUCUAUCAAUGUGCCGACCAAUUGGAGAAAGUGUUCCGAUCAGAGAUUGUGAGAGUCAGUAAAGAUGUAGAUGGCCACAGGUCGAGAGUACCCAGUGUGUUGGACAUCGAGACCGAUCAACUACUCGGCUUCGGCUCCGAUUGCAAUAUGGAUCCCUCCCAAUUCCUGGAAGGGGUCUUGUAA